CAAUCGCAUUUAUUUGUCUUUUACGUUGUGGCAGCACUAGAUGGCGUUUAGCACACGAGGGAUGGUCUUGAACAACACGAGAAUCCGCCGGCUUGCUAGGUUGCUAAAAACAAAGAAAUGUCCUGAAGUCUGUUAUCAGAUUAAUUGCUUUUGGGGUCAACUUGACAGACAAAAUGCGUGGUUUCCGAAGCCUGUCCCGAACAUCAGUUGCGAUGUUUCUGAGAAGACUGAACAGCACGAGAGGACGACCCCCUGCUCCUCUGGGAGCAAGGAUUCUUACCAACUCCGAUGACGUCUUUCAGCACAACAUGUGGGACCAUGUGCAGUGGACCGAGGAGGACAAAGAGCAGGCUCGCCAGAGAGCAGAAGAAAAUUCAAGCACCAGAAUUCCUGUGGAGGAGCAAGGCAAAUAUGACACAGAAGCUUCUACGUACUGGGAAAACUUUUACGAGAGGCAUCAGAACAAGUUCUUCAAAGAUCGCAAGUGGCUGUUUGUGGAGUUCCCCGAGCUCAUUCCCAUGGAGACAGACAGGACUGGCCCAGAAGAGUGUGACCGUGGACAGGUUGCCCCAUGCCCAGAGCCCAGAGAGCGUGACAGGGACACACAUACAGUGCAGCAGCAUCCUCCCUCGGCCAAUCAUGCAGAGAUUGUUGGAAGCCAGCCCUCCUGUUGCCAAGAUGAGAGACCAACUGCAGAGGCUGCAGACUCGUCUCCAGGCCAACAUGCAUCUCUCAGGAUAUUAGAGGUUGGCUGUGGUGCUGGUAAUAGUGUCUUUCCCAUCAUUGGCUCCAUAAAAGAUAGAGGAGUCUUUCUUUACUGCUGUGAUUUCUCCCCUCGCGCCGUUCAGUUGGUGAAGGAACACCCAGCCUACGACCAGUCUGUGUGUCAUGCCUUUGUCCAUGACGUUUGUGAUGAGGUGGCCUCUUUUCCUUUCCCUCCGCUGAGCCUGGAUGUUAUUCUGGUGGUCUUUGUGCUCUCCUCCAUUCACCCUGAGCGAGUUAAAGGAGUUGUGAAUCGACUGUCUGGAUUCCUAAAGCAUGGAGGGACAUUCCUCUUCCGAGACUAUGGCAGAUAUGACUUGUCACAACUCAGGUUGAAGAAAGGCCAGUGCUUGUCUGAGAAUUUCUACAUACGAAGAGAUGGAACUUGUGUUUAUUUCUUUACAAAAGAUGAAGUCCACCGUUUAUUUACCAAUUCAGGAUUAGAGGAAAUUCAAAAUCUUGAGGACAGGCGACUACAGGUGAACCGGGGAAAGAAAGUUGUAAUGCAAAGAGUGUGGAUGCAGAGCAAGUUCAGAAAACCACAUCCACUAUUGUAACCAUGCUCCAGGCUUUUAUGCUGCACUGUCAUAUUUGUCUGUUUAGAAUAUUGAGCUCAAAGAUGUGAAGAAGUAAACCAUUAAUGGCAGGUUGUACAGGUAUAGAGGUCAACUCCUCUAAGUCUUCUGUAUGUCUUAUGCAAACUGGCGAAGUAAAUAUAUUUUACACUAUUUAAAUCUUGUU